AUGGCAGAUUCAUCAUCAUCUUCUUCUUCUUCUUCUUCUUCUUCCUCAGCAGCUGCACCCACCAAUAGUCUCAAUAAUCUAUUGAAUCAGACACCACCAGUUGCAUCCCCUAGCACUCAGGUGGCUGCAACACCUACUCCCCCUCCUGCUGCAACUACGCCCACAUCAUCCGCCACAGAAUCAACAGCUACAGCUGCUAUCCGUGAAGAUAUGAUUAAGCCUGCAGUAUCAUUCCUUUCUUCACCCAAUGUACGUUCUGCUGACAGAGAGAAAAAGAUUGCAUUUUUGCAGAAAAAGGGGUUGACUCAAGCUGAAAUUACUGAGGCAUUCAAAAGAGCUGGUGUAGCAGCCGAUAGUACAGUUGCCAUAACCACAACAACCACUACUGCAGCGAAUAAUAUUGCUGCUACGGCCCCUCAACCACAAUAUCAACAGCAACAACAUUUAGCACCUGUUCUGCCAUCAAGAAACGUGAAUUACUCGGCACCACAGAUUGUAUAUCUUCCACAACCACCUAAUCCUCCUGUUCCAGUGGAAAAAGUGUUUGCAAUGGCCGUCAUUUUGGGUAUGGGAGCUGUUGGAUUAACAGCUGGUGUUGUUGGUAUUUUAAGACGUUUCAUUGCACCUAUUUUCAAUCGCAUUGCUGAAUAUCAACGUACUCGCUACAACCAAAGAAAAGAGAUUGCGGAUCGACUACUCAAAUCUAUCAAAAGCUAUAAUACAGAAAAUGACGAUUUGGACGCAUUGAUAGAUCAAGGAGAGGAAAAUACAGUUGCGGAUGCCUUGGUAAAGCAUCAUUCUGACAUGUCCAGCAAGAUUGACAAAUUACUCGAAACCUCUCGUGAGCGUAUUGCAACAGCCAUGAAGGACAAGACGUACAGCAAUUUCCGCUCUGAAUUGACAAGCUUUAGAAAUAUCAUCACCUCACCUACAUCCGAUAACACAUAUUCCGGUUACUCUCCUAGCCAUUACAUGCGCAACACUUCUUCAGAUUCGCCCGCUGUGUCAGGGUUAAAGAGUGAUAUUCGUAGUCUCAAGGCAGUUUUGUUGAACAGAAGAAACUUUCCUACAGUCUAA